UAUAACAUAUAUAAAACUGCUUAUAGGAUUAUCGUGAAGUUAAUUCUUAUACUUCAUGUUCCAUUAACGUUGCAAUAAUGUAAUGGAGUCUUUAUCUUAAUCUUACCUUAUGAUAGAGAAAGGCGCAGUAUCCAAGAGAUUACAAUUAAAGUUAACCGACUCGAGCGAAAUCGACCUGAGCUAUCAGACGAUCAGAACUCGAGAUGAAUCAGUUAAUCAUUAGUGGCUAAGAGCCAAAUUGAUGUAUCACGUUCAUCAAAAAUAUAUUAAAAAUUUUGUUUACCUCCUUGAAUACGUCAGAUCUGCUCUUCUGGCAGCCAUAUGAAAUUACCAGCGUCAUCACGUGGUUGAAAUAUUCGGGUCGUUCUAACGAACGAGAGUCGCAUUCGAUGCGUUCGCAUUCGAACAUCGGUGAGUUUGCUUUUCUCUUCGUUAACAAGCUGCGAUUAUUGAACGGAUACGAUCAAUGGUCAACGAUAUUGGCAACCAGCGUGGCAGCAACGGCGACUGCUGCUGUUGCUGCUGCGGAUCAGCAUCGUUAAUUAUCAUCCGCACCGAUCGAUCGCGCCGUUCAUCGCAUCGUGCAUUAAGGACAGGGAUUCGUGUUCAGGGACAUUCGGGCUAACUUUAGCCUUUAGCCGGGCCCCGCACGUCGUAACCGACGUUUCGCGACGUCGACGUCGACGUCGAGACAUAACGAGCCGACGGCCACCAGCCUGGCCAGCCGCUUUUGCCCGCGGAAAAUAAAACAGUGCUUCGGCCGCCAUCCGGCUGCAUGGAUAAGCCGAUAAUCGCGUGAUCGGACAUGAUCCUCGCGUUCGGGUAGCCGUUCAUUUGUUCCGAUACCGAGCGCCAAAAGGGAGAGAAAGAAAGGAAAAGUAGGAGAAAGAGGGAGCGAGAGACGUCGCAACACGCCUUCGUCGACGAGUGGAGAACGUUUCUUAGUGGUGGACGCGUGGGUGGUCCGGCCCCCCUCUCAGAAUCACGUAAUCGUCGUCUGUCUUCUCAGUGACGUCACCGACACCAAGAAUUACUACCGUGCUUACGAGAGACCGGUGCUCACGUCGCUGAGGCCACGAGGUUGCUUCGCGCGAAAAGUCGAAGGCUCCCAUCCGGACGAUGCUUUCAGAAAGAACUAUCAGAAUACCGAUGAGAUGAAUCUUUGGAAGGAUGCAGAAAAAUAUCCCUGAGAACGUUACCUAAGAUGGAAUUUCUCGUCAAUUGUAUCUCUCUCUAUUUGAACACAACUGUGAAAAAUAUCACGAAAUCUCGAAUUUAUCUCACGUCGGGAUUCUCGUUGAAUAUUCUCUCGGGAAGACAUUGACAUCAGGCGAAGAAUAUCUCGCUGAGAUUCCUGUGCGAAUGCGAAGCACAAUACAAGUGUUGCGAUUGGAUUUUCGCGCUCGUACCGUUGGCGUGUGCCAAAAUUAUUUUUCAUCGAUCGAAAUGCAGAGUAUUCGUACAAACUUGUAAGAUUACAAAUUUCGAUUAUAUACGCAGAGAGAAAAUUCGUAUAUCGCGCGGUGAAAUCGUGACUAAUUUGAAAGAAGGUAGGCGUGUAACUCCGAAGACUCGUAUAAUAAUCUUCAGCGAAUUGGCGCUCUUUCUUUCUCUCUUUCUUUGGUUAUGUGACAACAAUUAGUUAAUCAUUUCAAUUGAGACAGAAAGAAAUUAAUAAAUCGCAUACAACGAGAGUAGAAACAAAUCUUUUAGUUUUACUUAAAAAUUUUUAAUUAAGGUUCAUAUGUUUGUAAUUAUUAAUAAAAGUCUCCUAGUAUUGGUUUUGACGUCAGUGAAGUUAAUAUUAGCAACGAUACGAUCUUAUUUGAUGAAAAGUGAAGAAUUAGAUCAUCUUUCGAAACGCUGCCAGAAUGUAAUUAUUUAUAGCUAAUUGAACGAGACUACUCAUAUGUAUUAGGCAACGAGACAACAAAUAUAACUAGUAAUCGAUAUAAACGAAAUUGCAAUUUCAAUAAUCGAAGAAUUCCCUGUAAAAAAGUCUUGUAAAAAUUUAAAUGUAUUUAAAUUUUUCUCUACAAGAAAAGCUCAUAAAAUUCCUUGUUCAAAGAUGAAUCCAAGUAUCAUAAGAUAACUUGAACCAUUCUCAAUAAUUAAUUCGAAGAUGGGUUUAUUGCUAUCGGUAUUGGUCGGCUGCGUCGGCGUCUUGGAGCUGCUGGCGUGCCUACGACACGCAUCUGACAGCGUAGUGAUUAGCAUCAAUCCGCCAACACCAUGCCUCUCAUAUCACAAGCCGGCUAACAAUGACAUUCAGAGCAUUCAUGAUUCGCUCUGCAGUUUUAGUCACUCGACCGAUGUGAGACUUCCUCGUGACGCUAAGCACAAACUCGAAAAUCUGCACGAAUACAGUCUGAGAGUGCGAAGCGAACUCCGGUCUUUGGAUAAAAACUUCGACGGUCGAAGUACCUUAUCGGAAUGCAGCACCAGAUAUUUGCUUGGCGGCUCCAGACCAGACUCGAGGCUCAGUCCAGAUUCAAGGCUCAGCCCAGACUGGAGUUGUCUCAUGCGAGAAGACGAUGAAACGUGGAUCAUCCAAGCCGAUCGAUAUUAUAACGAUGACAACGAUGAUUAUAACGAUGAUUAUAACGAAACGAAAAGAUUCUUGGAGGAAAUCAAUACGGAAAUUCGACAAAGCUUACAGCAAGUCGUGCGAUCGCUAGCCCCGCCAGAGCCAGAAAAGUAUGUCAGGGUACCUACACCGAUCCCGACGUUUGCUCACGAAGAAAACAAAAUAUCUGUCUCCUCAAGCGAAGUGGACACAUCCUUCGACAAGGACUCGGGCAACGAUGCGCCCACCAUGAGUUCCUUCGAUAGCUUUCCUCCGAUCAUCAAGAGGUACAAGGAUUCACAGUCGGCUUCGUCAGUUGACGAAUCUGAUCACGAGGAGAAAAAGAUCACGCGAAGAACACUGAAGAAAUCUUCCUCCAAAUCUCCAGAUUUAUCAAAGAAAUCGAAGAAUGUCGACGUUUCCAAAAAAAUUAAGAAAUUUUCAAAUGACCUUACGAAAAUUGACUCGACUGCCCAAAAGCCAACUAUCGAAGAGACUGAAAAAGAGAAGAAGACCUUCGUCAGCCAGAAAAAACCUAAAUCGGGUAAAUCCUCCACGACGAUCUUGAGAAAACCUACCAAACUGAAAUCUAAGAAUGCGGAGAUCAGUAAAUCUGCAGAAAAUUUGAGCAUAAAGAAGUCGAAGAAAGAUCCGGAACGUCGCAAAUCUGACAUAUCCGUGCAGACGGUGCGCGACUUAUUGCGAGAUAUGUCAACGAAUACGUCUCCAACUAACAGUCCAUCGUUAUCCAGAUCGGAAAGUAAAAAGAGCGUCUCGGUAGAAGUACAGACUGUUUUGGAGGAGAUGCUGUUGGAUGACGAAGCCUUAGAGGAGCUAGUUAACAAUGUCAUCGGACUCUCCGAGAGCAGAAGGGAUAUGUCCUUUCGAGGUAGCUCCGCUAGAAAGUCCUUUAAGAGCAAAAGGUUUCGGUCCAGCUCGAAAGAUCAGUCGGAUGAUCAGGAUAAACAGAUUUACACGGCAACCAAUGCAGUCACGUCCGUAGAAAGAUCGCGGAAGAAAAAGACGAAGGAAUUGAAAGUAUCUAGUUUCGAAAACGCCAGCGAGGAGGACCACGAAAGAAUCAAAGAUGUUAUUUUCGACAAUUCAAAAGGGUCGAGCGUUUGGAGGAGAAGGGAAGACUCGAGAUCGAAAUCAUCGCUCGAAGAGGAUGAUGAAUUCGUGGACGCGGAGGAUGUGAGUUCCGGAAGACCACCUAUACAGUACACAAUCCCUGACACCGAUCAGAACAAAGCAUUCUGGCUCAGCGAUAUAAUCGAUCUCUAGAAUACAAUAACAACAUGCAAAAAUCUUCAGCAAUACGUGAGUACACUGCAAACGAUAUAAAAUUUAUUAUCGUUUCUAUAAUUAUGUUCUUCAAGAUACUGUAAUUGAAUGAAAAUAUGGAAAAUUUUCAAACAAUUAGAUGAUCGUCUGAUAUAUAAAUCGUUGAAAAAUGUAUUUUAAGUGAUAAUCAUAAUUUUAAUCUAUGUAAUUUGAUUAUUUUGUCCUCCUAAAAAAAAAAA